AUGGCGGGACCCAGGCCCUCAUACUUCUCCCCACUGCCAGGCAGUGGUAGUGGCGGGCCCAGAGGACCGGUGCCGGUGCGGGUUGACACUCCGGUCUGGUUGACCGCCCAGGCGGCUCCGAGCAUGCUGAUGGUCCAGCCGGGAAUCCAGCAGGGGGUCAGCCCAGGCCCUGAGGUGUGGGAGAUGCCCCUGGGUCCCCUGCCAUACAAAUUCUGGGGCGGGAUGGCACCCUGCACGCCCGGGGUCGGAACUGGCAAGGUGGGAGCCUGGUUCCCGAGCCCCUCAGAGGGCACCUUCCCCAGGCCCUACAUCGUCCUGCAGUGCAUCCCAAGGUUGGCACUGCCAGAGGACGUCUCAGCCAUAGAGAAAGAGAUGGAGCAGCUGGCCAAGGAGCUGAGGCGAAAGAGAAUGGCCCUGGGGUACUCACAGGCCAACGUGGCGUUCGCCGUGGGGGCUCUCUUUGGAAAGGUUCUUAGCCAGGCAACCGUCUGCCGCUUUGAGGCCCAGCAGCUCAGCAUCGCCAACAUGUGGAAGUUGGGACUGCUGAUGAAAAUGUGGCUGGAGGAAGUGGACACCAAGAACUUUAUGGGUGUAUGCAAAAUAGAGAUGAUCCUGCAGCAGGCUCGGAAGCGAAGACAGGAAAGCAGGGAGCGACGCAUCGUAAACUAUCUGGAGAAACUCUUCUUGCAGUGCCCGAAGCCCACACCCCAGCAAAUCAGCCGCAUCGCUGGGCAGCUCCGGCUACAGAAGGAACUGGUCCGAGUUUGGUUCUAUAAUCGGAACAAGAUGGGUGGUCAGCCAACCAUUGAUUUCUCCCCACAGGAGGAUGUGGGGGCAGGGGGGUGGCCUCCUUUCCCAGGGGGGGCAGUAUGCUUUCCUCUGGCAUCAGGGCCCCAUUUUGGUUCCCCCUGCUAUGAAGAGCCCUAUUUUAUACACUUCACCCCUUACCCUGUGGAGGGGACCCACCUCUCUGCCCCAGCCACCCCUCUUGGCUACUCCACGCUUUCAAACUGA